UCUUCAGAAGCUUGAAAGUUGGAAAAUUUAUAGAAAAAUGAAAAGGUGAAAAUUCUCUCUUUUCAUCGAUCGCCUAAACCAACUGAAAACGUUGUCGAUCGCAGGAGAGAGGGAAUCAGGAAAUAUGGGGAAGAAAAGGAAGUCGAUAGCUACGAGCCUUGAUGAGGUGGAUCGGACUAUAUACGCCUCGUUUUCCAGCGGCGCUAAUUCCUUGUCUCAGCUUUAUACUCAGGCCAUGAAUCAACAAAAACUCUCCUUCCAAGCCGGCAAACGCCAUGGCCUUGAAAAAAUUUAUCAGUGGAUCUGGAGACAACAAGAGGGAGGAUCAAGAGUAACAACACUGGAUAUCGUCAGUUACCUUCAGCUCUCAUAUUUUGCAUCAGAAAGAGUGAAAGGCUUUCUAGACUAUGGUGAAGAGCCAUCAAUGUCACCUAGAGCACCAAUCCAACAGCUGCAUCCCCAACCUACGAUGCAGUUCAUGAAUACAAGUUUCAUGGUGUCUUCAGGUUCAUCUGGUCAAAUUGCUGGGCAGGGAAUUCGCCCUGACCAGUGUGAUCAGCAGUCCAAGAAUUUAGUUUUCUCAAAUGCUUUAUCAAGUCCCGUCCGUCGGAGUCUCCAGCAUUACCAUAUUGCUCAAGAAGGUUACUGUCCCAACAGUGGUGUUCCUUCAGGAAAUGGAGCCAGGAAUAAUGAAACUAGCUUUCUCCAGAACCAAACUAGAGAUUCUAAUCCUCUCAGCUCCAGUGACACCUUGAUGGACAUGCAUUCCGAUAUUCCAUCUCAUGAAUCUACUUACUGAUAAUGCAAGGUAACUCUUUUUGAACCCCAACAAUUAAAAGGUCCAGAACGGCUGUUGGUGCAUCACCGUAUUGUUUGUCGCUGCUGCUGAGGUAAAGAAAGCUCUAACAUAAAGAUGGCAUUACACUAAA